AUGGAGAAGAAAGUCAUUUACGGUCUUGCAAUGCUUCUAUUCGUAACAGGUUUCAUUUAUUUCCACAACUCAAAUGUGAUCAAGACCACUUUUCCUAGCAAAAAUAAAUCCAAUUCGUUGUUGCACCAAAAAUGGAUAGUUAUCACCACCACAAAUCAUCCUACUAAAGAAAUAGAGCGUUUGGCAAAUAUCAACGGUUGGAAACUUCUAGUUGUCGCAAACAGAAAAACACCGAGAAAUUGGUCCUACAAAAAUGUUCAUUUCUUGAGCAUGGACGAUCAGUUACGCAUGGGAUACAGGAUUACUAGUAACUUAUCGGAUAAAUUUUAUGCGCAUAAGAACAUCGGCUAUCUUUACGCAAUAGAACACGGAGCGAGAUGGAUAUACGACACUGACGAUCACUACAUACCUUAUGAUUUUCUCUUUUCUUCUCCAACUUCUCAAUAA